AGCUCCCAACGCUCUCUUAUCAUCUCUCUCUCUCUCCGAGCUGCGAGAGAGAAACGAUUCUCUCUCUUCAGCCAACGGCCAUCAACUCCCUCCGAUCACCGGCCAUGCGGACCUCCCAUCCCUCGCGCCCUCUGUGCUUCCGCCUCUUCGCCCUCUCCCUCCCUCUCUUCCCGAGCUCCCGGCCCCCUCCCUCCGGGCGCCUCCCGAGAUCGACGGCCGUCGGUGGUCCGCCGCCGCCUCGGCUCUGCGUCCGGAGCUGCGGCUCCGUGACCGCGAGGCCGUCAUCGGAGGUCAGGAAGCGGCGCGGCGGCGGCGGCGGGCCGGAGCCCGACUUGAAGCUCCGGGCUCUCCGCGAGCUCUUCUCGAGGCCUGGGAUCGGCAUCGAUGCGUACGUCGUUCCUUCUCAGGACGCGCACCAGAGUGAGUUCAUUGCAGAAUGUUAUACGAGGAGGGCCUAUAUAUCAGGUUUUACAGGCAGUGCUGGCACUGCUGUCGUCACAAAGGAUAAAGCAGCUCUAUGGACAGAUGGACGUUAUUUUCUUCAGGCCGAGAAUCAGCUAAACUCCAGUUGGAUUCUCAUGCGGGCUGGUAAUCUAGGAGUUCCAACAACUAGUGAAUGGCUCAAUGACGUUCUGGCUCCUGGAUGCAGAAUUGGCAUUGAUCCUUUUCUCUUCUCUUCUGAUGCUGCGGAAGAAUUAAAGGAGGCUAUUGCUAAGAAAAAUCAUGAGCUGGUUCUCCUGUACAAUAUAAACUUGGUGGAUGUAGUAUGGAAAGAAAGGCCAAAAUCUCCAACUAAGCCAGUUAGAAUUCAUGAUCUAAAAUUCGCUGGCUUAGACGUGGCAUCAAAACUCUCUUUCCUGAGGGCCGAAUUUGUUGAUGCUGGUGCAUCUGCCAUCAUUAUAUCGAUGCUUGAUGAAGUGGCGUGGCUAUUAAACCUGAGAGGAAGUGAUGUUCCACAUUCUCCAGUCGUGUAUGCCUAUUUACUUGUGAAGACUGAUACAGCUGAGUUAUUCGUUGAUAGUUCCAAAAUCACACCGGAAGUGAUGGAUCAUUUGAAAAAUGCAGGCGUUGAGUUGAGACCAUAUGAUAAAAUUCUGUCUGAAAUAGAAAAUUUGGCGAAACAAGGGGGAAAUCUUUGGUUAGACACAUCAUCAAUGAACGCUGCCAUUGUCAACACCUACAAGUCUGCCUGUGAUAAGUAUCUGAAUAAAAAGAGUAAGGCUAGGGUUCAAGAUUACAAUGGUCGAUCAGCCAUGCCAUCUGGAGUUUAUAGGGCUUCCCCUAUCUCUUUGGCCAAGGCAGUGAAAAAUGAUGCUGAGUUGCAGGGAAUGCGAAACUCUCAUUUAAGGGAUGCAGCAGCUCUAGCUCAUUUCUGGGUCUGGUUGGAAGAAGAAAUUAAUAGGGGUGCUAAACUUACAGAAGUGGAAGUUGCAGAUAAGCUCCUCGAGUUUCGUUCUAUGCAGGACGGUUUCAUUGAUACAAGCUUCGACACAAUAAGUGGUUCUGGGGCCAAUGGUGCUAUCAUACAUUACAAACCAGAACCAGGCAGUUGCAGUGUUUUGGAUGUCCAGAAGCUGUUCCUGCUAGAUAGUGGUGCUCAAUAUGUUGAUGGAACAACCGAUAUAACAAGAACAGUGCAUUUUGGGGAACCCACACCACGACAAAAGGAAUGCUUUACCCGAGUUUUGCAGGGCCACAUAGCUCUCGAUCAAGCUGUUUUUCCUGAAAAUACCCCUGGCUUUGUCCUGGAUGCGUUCGCUCGCUCGUCUCUAUGGAAGAUUGGCCUCGACUAUCGGCAUGGGACUGGACAUGGCGUGGGAGCUGCACUGAAUGUUCAUGAAGGACCCCAAAGUAUUAGUUUCCGCUAUGGGAAUCUGACCUCCCUACAGAAAGGCAUGGUUGUGAGCAACGAACCUGGUUACUACGAAGACCAUGCCUUUGGCAUUCGUAUUGAGAACCUUCUUACUGUGGUGGAGAUGAACACGCCAAAUCGCUUUGGAGGGGUUGGUUAUCUUGGAUUUGAGAAACUUACGUUUGUUCCGAUUCAGACGAAAAUGGUGGACUCGGCCUUGCUCUCUUCCGCUGAGAUCAACUGGCUCAACGACUACCAUGCACAAGUCUGGGAAAAGGUUUCGCCGCUGCUAGACGGUUCCGCUCGUCAAUGGCUUUGGGACAAUACGCGACCCCUCCCAAUUCAGUGAUUACCGUUAAGUUUCUUUCGUUAUUAUAAAAUUUGUUUGGGACUCUGUCCCACUGUUGUGUGGAAUUGCCGUUACAAUAAAUUGUAGGAUGAUAUGCCGAAUCAGCUUAAAAGCGAACAGCGAUGGCGACAGUAUUCACCUAAGACUGAAUGCUUAAACUGCACCGUUAAGAGUAUACAAUCAAACAGGAGAGCAAAUUACAGAGACCUAAUUUC